UUUGUUCCAAACCGCUCUUAAUCUCCUUAAUUAAUUAAUCAUUUUCAUUCACAAAUUCUAUACACUUCUUGACAACUUCCCUUCUUCCUCAUGGCUGUGAUGGAAAGCUCUCCGACCGCCAUAGCCUCUUUGCUUCUAAGAAACUUAGUCGCUCCCAUAUUCAUCUUCGCCGAUAAAUCACUAAUAAAUCUUGGAGAGAAAUAUAAAUUUCUUGAAUAUCUUCGCUAUAUACUUAUGACUUGUUUUUUCUUCUUAUUACGUCUCCUUCCUUCUUUCUUGCCUUCUUCAAACCCUAAUCUUGAUAAUAAUCACCUAACCAAAUCGACCAAAAGUGGAAACUACUUGCUUUCACACGGCAGCGAUUCUGGUAUAGCUCGAGCACUUUCGCAGAUCUUAACGGCGAUUAAUGAUAUCCCUGUCAGCUCAAGGAAGUAUGAACUCCUUCGAUCUUUAGCUGAGCGGGUUAUAGAAGAGAACGAGAAGGAGAACGUUGAGAUUUUACGUGAAGUUAAUGGUAAAAGCUUAUCUGCGGCUUUUGAAAGGACUCUUAAUCAGCUUGAAGCGGGCGUUAUGGAAUUGGGCAAUGACCCGAUCGGAAAUGGUGGUGGGUCAGGAUAUUGGCCAGUUCAUUACGGGUUGAACCGGGUUUUGAAGGUGGUUCGGUCUGUUAAAGAAGUGCCGUUGCUAGGCUGGGCCGGAAGAGGAGGGAGAGAUGGAGUAGACAGGUUGGAGGAGAAAUUGGCGGCUGAACUGCUUUGGUUGGCUCAGAAGUUGGCGGCUUGUGGAUGCGGAGAGGAAGCUGUUCUGAAGUGGGCAUCAGCUUCAAAUUUGGCUUGGCUAGCUCUGUCAGCUGAGCCGCGGCUGCAGGGUUCAUUGGUGAAAGUUUCAGCAUUUCUAUUCAAGCAAGCCAAAGAUUUGGGAGCAGAAGAAACAGAAGAAAGCAAGAAAGAACAACAAAGACAAACAAAGAAGAAGAUGCUAAUGGCUUGGCUACCAUUACUGUGCAGAGCUAGCAAUGGAACUGAUAUACCUGUGCUGAACACUAGCCAAAAGGCAGAGCUAGAGAGAGAAUUAGAAGAGAUGAUAGGAAUGCUUGAGCAUGAAGACGAGCAGGAACAAGUAUUGUCUCUAUGGCUACACCACUUCACGUGUUGCUCUUCUUCAGAUUGGCCUAAUCUCCAGGCCUCUUAUGAUCGCUGGUGCAUGGCUUCCCGUAAACUUCUCAUUCUCAGAUGAAAGGUUAUAAAAUCUGUACAUAUAAUUAAAACUUAAUUGCAAUUAUUAUUAGAUUUUUUUGUUGUAAUCAAGUUUUUAGUUUGGCUAUAAGAUAUAGGUUCUUAUUUUUAUUCUUUUCGCGAAA